GUACGGAGUAGACCGCGGGCGAGGCGGCACGCUGUGCACGCCUCGCUAUUGCUUUGUUAUUGCUGUGUUUAUUUUAUUCCAUCCGCCAAUCGAUAGUCUAACGACGGCCUAAAUGUUUGUGCUGCCAACAUUUCACGGUGAAACUUAACGUUGCAAUUGUGUUCUGUUACUAUAAGUGCAGUGAUAUUUUGUAGCGAAUCGAUAGUGGAUACAGCAAUCCCGGAGUCUUGGUGGCAGAGUUGCAUAUUGAUUAUACUCCCGAGUUUUUAACGAUUACAUCCAUCCUGAAAAAAAGUUGUACAUGAAAGACUGAAGCGGAAGCUGGCCUGCAGACCAAAGAUAGUUUAAAACUUAGGUAAAUGCCCAUGAGCACGAUGCUGCGAUCAGACGAGAGCGUUAGAUAGUCGCUCAACGCUCGCAGCAUGGGUGCCAACAUGGGCAAGAACUCGAGCUUGCUCGACGCGCUGCCUUCCACGCAAGGCACGCUCCACGUCGUCAUGCUCGGCCUCGACUCGGCCGGCAAGACCACCGCGCUCUACAGACUCAAGUUCGACCAGUAUCUCAACACCGUCCCCACGAUAGGCUUUAACUGCGAGAAAGUCAAAGGAACGAUCGGAAAGUCCAAGGGAGUCAACUUCCUCGUAUGGGACGUCGGCGGGCAGGAGAAGCUCCGCCCGCUGUGGAAGUCGUACACGCGAUGUACGGACGGCAUUAUCUUCGUGCUGGACUCCGUCGACGUGGAACGGAUGGAGGAGGCGAAGAUGGAGCUGAUCAGAACGGCGAAGUCGCCCGACAACGCGGGCGUGCCGAUUCUGGUGCUCGCGAACAAACAGGAUUUACCGGGGGCGAAGGAGCCCCGGGAGUUGGAGAAGCUGUUGGGGCUGCACGAGCUGGUGUCGUCCCCGCACGGCUCCCGGGACGCGCACUCGUGGCACGUGCAGCCGGCCUGCGCCAUCACCGGCGAGGGCCUCCACGAGGGCCUGGAGGCGCUCUACGAGAUGAUUUUGAAGAGAAGAAAACUGGCAAAACUGCAGAAGAAACGUGUCAGAUAAACUCAGAUAAACACGAGUACAUUCGGGCAUGUCGUAAUAGUCGGGUAACCGAUAAAAACACCAAAUAUUGUUUUACUGUAGUUAUAAUAUGAAUUCUUAUGAGAUUAAUGAUUAUUAUACAUUGCUCAACUCGUGAUGAACAUCAGGAACCGUUUAUUCAUAAAUUUUUGCAACUAGUCAUUUUCUUUUACAAAAUUGAUGAACAUAACAUAACUUAUUUACACAAAUGAUUGGGCGAUCCCAGAUUUCUAAUAAAAUAUGAAGUCUUCAUUAAAAUGUUUAAUAUUGUCCUUACCUUCUGAAACAGGUACUCGUUGCCAAUGUAACGUUAAUUUCGAGCAAAAUAUGUAAAUAGAAAAUGGCAACCUAAUUUUUUUUGUAAAUAUAAAAAACAGGUUUAUUUCACGAAACAUUUAAUAAUCUUAAAAGUCGAUCAAAAAUAUAAACUUCUAAUACAAAUAAGCAUUUUCAGUAAUAUAACCAGUGCAGAGUUUUAAAAUAUGAAAUUAGAACAUUUUCUUUUGUGAUAGCUACAAUAUGUAAUCAGUUAAAUAUUAAAUUGUGUUAAUUUAGUGUCUUUUUAAUAUUAAGUUCACUAGAUAGCUAUUUAUUUAUGUACCCAUACAAUUUAAUUUAAGUACGCUAAAUAUGAAGCUUAAAUACCAUAGUUGUAUUCACCUUGUAAAUAUGUAAAUUCCAAAUGUAGCUAUUUGUCAAUACCAAGAAACCAAACAUUUAUAUCGAGUAGAUAAUCUACAUUAUGUUAUUUUAUUGUAUUUGUUUUUAAUGCAGCCACUUAAUGGUGGUGCUAUAUUGUGUUUAUGGAGGUACGAAAACUUUCUUUUAAUGGGUCCCCAUAAUAAAGUGUUUUCAUUA